AGGGGAGGCGGGAGUAAAAAGGGGAGGAGAAGCAGAGCAUGAACUCACCCAGUGUGACAGCUACUCCCUUAUUUAAUGGGGGGUCUCUGGUCAGGAGUCAGAAGUGCCUCCAGGAGAGCGGAAGCAUGGCUGAGGAGCUGGGGCUGGGCUUCGAGGAAGCAGUCAGAGUGGAAAUGCCAGAGGGCAGAGCCAGGCCAGCUACCAGGAGCAAAGCAUUCUUGGCUCUUAUCUGCUGCCUGCUGUCGGUUUUCACGGUUGCAGGACUUAGCACCUUCCUGAUGGUCAGCCAGCCCGGGACCCUGGGAACCCUGGGAAGAGAUUGUAUGCCUCGGGCUAUACAAAACCAAAAUUGUGAACCUUCACCACAGCCAGUUUACAAGCCUCCCAGAGCCAAGCCAAGGGCGCACCUGACAAUCCUUAAGCAAACUCCAGGGCCACAUCUGCAAAAUCAGUUUCCUGCUCUGCACUGGGAACAUGAACUAGGCUUGGCCUUCACCAAGAACAGGAUGAACUAUACCAACAAAUUUCUGGUCAUCCCCGAGUCCGGAGACUAUUUCAUUUACUCCCAGAUCACAUUCCGAGGGAUCACAUCUAGGUGCAGCAACAUCAACCAAGGAAGACGACCUAACAGGCCAGACUUCAUCAUUGUGGUUAUCACCAAGGUAACAGACAGCUACCCCGAGCCCUCCCACCUCCUCACAGGAACCAAGUCUGUGUGUGAAAUAAGUAGCAACUGGUUUCAGCCCCUCUACCUUGGGGCUAUGUUCUCCUUGGAAGAAGGGGACAGGUUGAUGGUUAAUGUCAGUGAUAUCUCCUUGGUGGAUUACACAAAAGAAGAUAAAACUUUCUUUGGUGCCUUCUUGCUAUAAGGGGAAACAAGCACAAUCAUGUAGGGCCUCCUUGACCCCUACUUCCCACUUUCCUUUGCUCAUGUGGAACUAUAAUCAGGGAUGUAGGGGAUCAAGGAUGGGGACAGAGGUUUAUCUACAUAAUUUAGGAACCCAAGAUGAUUCUCUCUAUAUGUUUUGGACUGAAAUAGUAAAUGGAAAACUCAGAAGAACUCGUGUUUGCUAGAGACCUGCUGGGUUUUCAAAAUUAAAAUAGCUAUCUCCAAUGGCUCUAUCUACUGCUCUCCAGACAUGAUGUUUCUGAGAUGUCCUCCUUCCUGUUCAUUGAUUAGUUGAGGAUGCUUCAUCAGUGACUCUAGUCUGGCUCCAUGGUCAGAAAAGGAGAAUGGAAUGUUCUGCCUGCACCUAUCCCAUGGUGUAUGAGAGUAUCGAGCAGCACAGACUUACUGUAAGGACUGGCACAAGAACAGCCAAAAUGAUCACCUCCUCCACUAAACCCAAACCUUGUAUCAAGGGCCUUCAAAGCUGCCCAUGGCU